GCUGCGGUGUUUUCGUGUGUGAGCAUGCCCAGCAAUGGAGAAGCGUGUUGCCUGUACUUGUUCAUUGUGAUCAGUGAGACAGCUUUGGAACUCGACAGCGCCAGAACAUGGAAUCGAACGCACACCUAGACGUUUCCCUUAUUUGUAAUUUACCUGCGAUGCUGCUAUUAUAUCAGUUUACUCUUACACCACUUAAAGCAUCUACAAUGGUUGAUAGCAGCCCUGUUGUUGUUGACUGCCCAGUUGGACAUUUCCCAUGUGGAAACCUUACAGUGUGCUUACCCCAGGUUUUACACUGCAACGGCAUUGAAAACUGUGAAAAUGGGGCAGAUGAGGAAAACUGUGGAGAUAACAGUGGAUGGGCCGACUUUUUUGACAGGACGGUCGGGAAACCUGAUCUUCAAGACUUUCCAAAGGAUUGCUUUCUGCAACAGUAUCCCGAAAGUUGUGAAUGCAUUGAAACAGAACUGGAAUGUGUUGAAGUAAACUUAAAAUCUGUGCCACUGGUUUCAACAAAUGUAACUUUGCUAACUCUUAAGAAGAAUGACAUCAGGAGACUGCCUGAAGAGGUCUUCAUCAGAUAUUCAGAACUAAAGAAACUAUUCCUUCAGGAUAACUGCAUUAGAACUGUGUCGAGCAGAGCAUUUGCUGGACUUUAUGAACUUCGAACAUUGUAUCUUAGUAAAAACUGCAUCACUUCCCUGAGUCCAGGUGUUUUUAGUAAUCUUCAUAAAUUGCAAUGGCUAAUUCUUGAUGAAAACCAAAUAAAAAUGAUUUCUCAGCAGGUGUUUACAGGUUUAAAGUCUCUGUUUUUCUUGUCCAUGGUAAACAAUUCCCUUGAGCAGCUUCCUCAAAUGAAAAUGUGCUCAGAGAUGCCCCGUCUUAACUGGGUGGACUUUGAAGGGAACCAUAUCAAGACUUUAGAUUACUCUGCGUUGCUUAUGUGUAAUGAACUUACAGUUCUGUCACUGCGUAAAAAUGAAAUCUCUGUAAUUACUGAAAAUGCAUUUCAACCACUGAAAAAGCUUGGAGAGUUAGACUUGUCAAGCAACAGGAUUUUAGAACUGAGUCACGAUAUUUUUAAAGAUUUAGAAGUCCUUCAGAUAUUGAAUAUGUCAGACAAUCCUCUUAGUCAUAUACACAUUGAUCAGUUUGAGAAUCUGAGCCAACUCCAGUCCUUAGUCCUAGAAGGAAUUGAAAUUCUAAAUAUCCAAACCAGAAUGUUUAAGCCCAUGAAGAACCUGUCUCACAUCUAUUUUAAGAAGUUUCAGUACUGCUCCUACAGUCCUCAUGUUCGGAAAUGCAAGCCAAAUACAGAUGGGAUCUCUUCAUUUGAGGACCUCCUGGCUAAUAUAAUUCUCAGAGUGUCAGUCUGGGUCAUAGCUUUCAUCACCUGCUUUGGCAAUGUAUUUGUAAUUUGCAUGAGGUCCUUUGUAAGAGCUGAGAACAAUCUUCAUGCUAUGUGCAUCAAAGUCUUAUGCUGUGCUGACUGUUUGAUGGGGGUGUACCUCUUCUUUGUUGGGGUGUUUGAUGUGAAGUUCCGUGGGGAGUACAAUAAACAUGCCCAUUUCUGGAUGGAGAGCCUGCAGUGUCGCAUUAUAGGAUCUUUAGCAAUGCUGUCCUCGGAGGUCUCUGUUAUGUUACUCACUUACCUGACUUUGGAAAAAUACUUGGUCAUAGUCUUCCCAUUCAACAACAUUCGACCAGGAAAAUGGCAGACGGUGAUAAUGCUGGCAGGGAUUUGGGUAUUUGGCUUUUUCAUUGCUGUGAUCCCACUGUUGAGCGAGGACCUCUUUGGCAAUUAUUACGGAAGAAAUGGAGUUUGUUUUCCACUUCAUUCCGACCGGCUGGAAAAACCUGCUGCAAAAGGGUAUUCGACAGGAAUAUUUCUAGGUCUCAAUCUGAUUGCCUUCCUCAUCAUUGUAUUUUCAUAUACAAGCAUGUUCUACUCCAUCUACAAGACCGGGCUGCAGACCACAGAGAUGCGUAGUCGCCUGCACACAGAUGUUGCUGUGGCCAACAGAUUUUUCUUUAUAGUGUUCUCUGAUGCCCUCUGCUGGAUACCUAUUUUCCUAGUGAAAGUACUGUCCCUGCUUGAUGUUGAGAUUCCAGGAACAAUAACUUCAUGGGUGGUGAUAUUCAUACUCCCAAUCAACAGUGCCCUCAACCCAAUCUUGUAUACUCUGACCACGAGUUUCUUCAGAGAGAAAGUGGAACUAUUGCUGUGCACAUGGCAGAGGAAUUCAGCUCAUAGAAAAGGCAGAAAAAGUCUGUCUAGUUCAGGCAACUAUACAGACAGUUCAAGGUUUUCCUUAGGAUUUCUGCAACGAUUAUCUAUCGGAGAGGUGAAUUCAAGACAUGGAUGACAAAAGAUAUUGAAAGAAAAGAAAAGACAAACUUUACGUUUUUUGCAUCUCCAUGGAGCGGGGGUGCACAUGAGCCAGACACUGCUGGUGGUUGGUUUCAUCUGCACUGUGCCAUUACUUUCCAGGCUAGCUGUGUCAUGAUUCCUGGACCCUAGAAGCAGCCAAGGGGAGAAGCAUCUUUCUAGGAAACAACUCAAGAAAGCACAUCAGCUCUUAAAAAAUGUGAAUGUAGAAGCUAAUUCUUAGCAGUUAAAGACAAUACUGUUUACAAGUGGUGCAAUUUAUAGAUACGUACAUUCCUUUAACUAACUUUUGUUAAAAUAAACAUUUCCCUCGGUGGAGAAGUUUGAUAUAUCUGUGGGAUCUUUCAUUGAAAGAUUCAUAUAUUUUGUUCAUUUUUGUUCAAAACACAGUACAGCCUCGCUAUAACGGUUAGGGUCCAAGCCUUUUGUUCGUUAUAUCGUUAUAUCGAGCGAAAUGACAAUCAAAAUGAACGAUAAACUGUUGGAGUAAGUUAAUGAGAUGUGAUUAUGAAUAAAAAUAGAAUAACAUGGACCUGUUUGUCUCAUGUGUGCAGUAUUCUGCCUUUGCUUUAUCCUAUUCAUUAAAGAAUUAAAAAGCAGUACGAAAAGCAAAAAUCCCAAAUUGAAGCUAAACUUUCAUUCAAAAUCGAUCUGAUGUGAAUUGUUUCAAAGUGCACCAAAUCUUAAUUCAACAUGCAAGAAUCCCAAACUGAGCUUUUAUUCCAAAUCAACCCGACAUGAAAAAUUCAUCAGAUCCUCAAGUUUUUUGUUGUUUUUUCUUUAAUCAAUUUUGCUUUGCCGCAUGGUUGCUGAACAAGCCAAAAAACAGAGUGCUUUUUGACAACCUAUGUUCGCGACAGAGAUAUGCCUGCAUUAUUCUUUUUUCAAAUUAUCAAUAUAGUUUCCAGCUUUGUUGCAACAUAAAAUGAUUUUUGUUUCGGAGGCAUAGUUACACAGCGCGUGCUUUUUAUUAAGACAAAAGAGUUGAUUUCAUUGCGAAGGUGGCAUCCUGUGUGUACAGACCAGGAUGUUGACAGUGUGUGUUUAUAUUAUGAUUUUUUUAAAAUUUGGGGUCCAGGGGUCAGGUUCGUUAUAGCUGAAGGUUUGUUAUAAUGAAGGGCGUUAUAGUGAGGGUGUACAGUAGUGUGUGCACAGAAAGACUAGAAUGCAGUGCUACCUGAACAUAAUAUACGUCAACGCGGCAUACUUUUAACAAUUCAAAUUCUUAGUAGCUGAAUUUCUCCUGUCGGUAUAAGAUGUGUGUGUGUGGGGAAUAUUGGGUUGGCAUGUGGGAAUGUGGCUGGAGCCAUAAAUUGAAUAAGUGGUGAUUAGUUAGGCUCCAGUCACAGGUGUAUAAAAAGGGUAAUCACAGGUGUUAAUGUUGGAGUCAGUGUUGGUGAUAUAAAGGUGAAGGAGCUUGUUGCUGUGCUGUGCUGUCCUGUCCUGUAUGUUCGUAAGUUUUUGUAGACCUUUUGUUUUGGACACUGCACCUGUUUAUUUGUUAAUGUGUUUUAUGUGUCUGUUCUGUAAAUAAACAUGCGCAUUAGUGCUUAAUCUGUAGCUUCUUACUUCUGAGUCUCUCUUCCUGUCAAUAACAACUUGGGCCGUGAUGCUACCCUGUCAAACUUGGUGUCAGAAGCGGGAUAGUGCCCCUGGAGACAAGAACUGCAGGUUUAUUUUUAAAAAAAAAUGGAAAAGGAAUGCAUGGAUGAGCAGCAGUGCCAGUUGGAGGCAUAAGGAGCUCCAUGGGCAUGUUUAUGGGGAGUGCUACUUUGGGCAGGAGGUGGUCAUGUGAGGAAUGUCUCCACCUGAAGGCUCUCCAAAUGCCAAAGGCAGAUUCCCCCUCAUUCCCAGUGCUGUGGGAGGGUGGCUUUAGAUGCCUACCUCAUCGCUUUCAAGGCCUCAAGUUGGUGCUUCGCCUGCAGGGAGUCAGGGCAUUUUGUGGUCAACUGCCCCCUCCAAGAGCAGGAGGAACAGCUGCCGGCCGUUGCCGCUACUGGAGUGCCCAGU